AUGCAAUCUGUAAUAAUUUCGCGAAAAUUGGUCAUAGGUAUAUCUCCAGUUUGUCAAGCUGUAAAAAAGCAAAAGCCCAACAAAAAAUCUUUCAAAAACAAUACGCACACUGUAGAUAAUGUCCGUCAAGUACUGUUCGCAUUAAUACCGCAGUUUAAACAAGAAAUCAAUCGGUUAAUAGAUGCUGAAAUAUUAAAGCCAGUGCAAUUUAGUGAAUGGGCAUCACCUAUCGUGUUAGUCAAAAAACCUGAUGGUUCGGUUCGUAUUUGUGCAGAUUUUAAAGCUGCUGUGAGUCCACAAAUUGAUGUUGAACAAUAUCCAUUACCUUUGCGCGAAAAUUUAUUUCACACUAUUCGGUACGGCAAACUGUUUACAAAAAUAGAUUUAAAAGACGCUUAUUUGCAAAUGGAGCAAGACGAUGAAACUAAAAAGUGUUAG